UCCGUAGCCAUUUUGGCUCAAGCCGCCCUGGUCCGCUGGCGCCCCCACAGAGCGGCGGCCCGUCCCCGCGGCCGCCAUGCCGGACGGCGCCCCCAACGACGCGGCCUCGGCUCCGCCGCGCAGCCUCGCCAUCGGCGAGAGGGCGCCCCCUUCGCUGGACGGCGGCGACUUCCGCGCCCUGCUCGAGCAGGCGGGGGCGGCCCACGACGCCGAGGUCGAGCGCCUGCGGCUGGAGGCGCGGGCGCUGUGGCGGGAGCUGCUCGCCGCCCGCCAGCGGCUCGGCGGGGACCUCGUCUGCGGCGAGGACCUCGCCGCCCGCGGCGCCAGCCCUGCCUGCUCCGGGGGCCUCGCCUGCUCCGGGGACGCCCUGCCCGAGCGGCGCUCGGGCUCCGAGGACGCCUCGCUCGAGCGGCGCUCGGACGGCGGCUGCAGGGAGAUGCGAAACGGCCUGGGCACGGCGUCGCAGACGACCGCGCUGUCCAGCCAGUCGCACCUGACGGGCCAGUCGCUGCAGGCCAAGGCCCCAGCUGGGCUGAUGUCCAGGAACAGGCCGAUCAGGGAGAACGAGAUCGCCCGGAGGGGCCGCCUGUGGGGGCUCGUGACCGCGCCUGCCUUCGAGGCCGCCGUCUCGGUGGUCAUCAUUCUCAACUCCGUGACCCUCGCGUUGGAGGCGCAGUACAACAGCUUCAGCCUGGCUACACGAAUUGGUCAUCGAAGCGCAGCGGGAGAGUCCGCCGAGGUGUGGCCGCUGGGCGAGGACUUCUUCCUCGUGCUGUCUUGGGCGUUCGGGCUAAUUUUCACGCUCGAGCUCGCCGCGAAGAUCGCAGGUCUUCGUUUGGAAUUUUUCAAGGACCCAUGGAACUGGUUAGAUGCAGUCAUCGUUAUCGUGUGGCUGAUCAGUGCUUCUACACCUAUCACUCUCAACGUGCAAGUCUUGCGGGUCGCCCGUAUAGCACGGGUGAUACGGCUCGUGCGCAUUCUCAAAUUCAUGAAGGGUGCCCACUCGGACGGACUGUUCAUGAUGACAACUGCGCUUUCGGGAAGCUUAUGGACAACAGGUUGGUGUUUUUUGUUUUUGUUGGUGCUCCAUUGUGUGUUGGCUCUGGCAUUCUAUCAAAGUAUAUACGAGACCUAUUUCAACAAUAACUCAUCCACUGCGCAAGAGGAGGCUCAGAUGUACGAGUAUUUUGGGUCAUUCUCACGCACAUUCCUCACAAUGUUUGAGAUUACUUUCGGCAUUUUCAUCGCCCCCAUCCGGAUUUUAGUGGAGUGUGUCGACGAGGGUUUCGUCGUGUAUGCAGUGGUUCACAAAAUAGUUCUCGGAUUUGCUGUAAUAGGUGUUCUCAAUGCAGUUUUCAUUCAGGAGACAUUCAAGGUUGCUCAGCUGGAUGACAAUCUCAUGGUACGACAGCAGCGGCGGAAAGCAGAGCACCACACCAAAAAGAUGCAGGCGCUUUUCAGAGAGGCCGACACCGAUGGCAACGGGACGCUUGAUCUGGAUGAGUGGAUGACCAUAUGCCAGGACGAAUGGGUGAUGAUGUGGCUUUCGUGUCAAGAUAUCAAGGUGGACGAGGCCCAAGACUUGUUCCAAAUGAUAGACGACGGAGAUGGGAGGCUCACAGCGGAGGAGGUGGUCAAGGGGACUGCAUCCUUGAGGGGCACGUCUGCCAUGAUGAAGUUGCUGUCGACGGCGAGGGGGAUUAAGAACAGCGUGAGUGACAUCCGUGCAGAGUUGCUUUUCUCACAACUCCCCGUUGCUGCGGAGCGUAUGUAGCCUUCAGCGGAUGCAUGGGCGACAAAUUCCCAGUCGAGAUAGCGGGUCUCGCUUGAGCUCAGAGGAGCUAGGUGGGCAUGGGUGCCAAGUGUUUAGCUUUUGAGUCACGCGCCUGUUCGAUACUUGCCUUCGCUGGGCGGGGGAUGUUUGUCCCCUCCUCCUUCCUCCUUUUCCGUCUCUCACUUCCAGGGUUUGCGCCGUUGCGUAGUGAUACCCAUCGACUCUGCACUCAGUACUUGGGGAGCGUGUCACGAGAUAUUAGAUCGAUUGUUGCCAAACUCACAAAUCUAUGCUAAAGACUUGUGUGAAUGUUGCCGGCUUCCAUGAGCGUUAUGCUGAACGCUUCCGCCGAGAGGGUGGUGCAGCUCGCGGGUGGGAGCAGGCGGUCAAGGCAUGGGUGGCGUGCUGGAGGCAUCCGCUUCCGUGCACAUUUUCACCCAUUGCUCACGCGCUGUGGCCAGCGCAAGGCGUAUGGACUGGACUGGACCUGGUGCACGUGCACGUGAUGGGCCAUGGUAGGCCGACCAUGGUGGGCCGCGCACGUGCAUACGGCUAUGAUGGCCGCGCACGUGCAUCCGUGCAUCCGACCAUGAUCUGCAUGAGGCGCGGAGGUGCCCAAAGAGGCACGGCAGUGCCAAGAAGCCUCGCUGUUCGUCGCCGUCGUGCCCGCUCCGUGCGCUGGCCGGACUUCCCAGAGCCUCGGCCGGUGCCCGCCGCCCUGCCCGUGGCCGCUAUAGCGUGCUCCUCCAGCCGCUGCCGGCCCGUCGGCUCCGCGGGCGCUCGUGGCGGGUCGAACGAAAAAAA